GUUAUCUUAAAUAAAAGACAAAAUUGCAAGAAUGGUCUUUGUGGUAUGCAUCUUUUUUGGGUGUUGGUCCAAAUCUCGACUUUUUUGGAUGGGUGGUUCUUAUGAGUUGGUUUGUCUGUGGUUUUGGUCCCUCGGAAAAUUGAAAAGACUAAAAUACCCUUGAAGUAUUUCUUUUUCAUUCUUUUUAUCUAUUUUUAUAAUUAAAAAAUUAAGAAAACUCUCUCUCUCUCUCUCUCUCUCUCAAAUAAACCACUAAAGACUAUUUUUUUCGAUCAUCUUCACCCUCGGAUAACCCAUCAUUAUCGACGAUUCUUCCUUCCCCCCUCACCACACGACUGUCGUUUACUUCCUCCUCCCGCACAUUCAUAAGCUAUGGCGUAUCAAUCCAGCCAAAAAGACAUCACAUGUGACAUUAAAAUGCAAAGAAUCGGGAACCUUCUCAGCCAUGCUUCGAGAAGUGAUAGGGUUGGGAUUAAUUUGAUGUUGAGGGAGGGCAUUUCGCCUAAUGUGCAGGAUUAUGAUAACAAAACUGCUCUUCAUCUAGCUGGCAGUGAAGGUCAUGAUUCGAUUGUGGAGCUUCUUCUACACUACAAGGUCGAUGUUAAUAUCACUGAUAGAUGGCACAAAACUGGGAAGGAGACGAACAAGAUGACGACAAUGGGGAAUCGGGAAAACAUCACCGGUGAUUCUAGUUCUUCGACAGGGGAAAGAGACGAAUGGGAUGACAGUCGUUGAGAGGGCUGUGAAGGGGUAUUGGGACAGUACAACAACAAUUCUGGGGGUGUUUGACAGUGGGUGCUCAGUGGAAAUAGGCAAAGAAGGUUGGGACUGCCUCAUUUGAGUUUGUGGACUGUCUCAUUUGAGUUUUCAUUCUUCUUGUUCUUCCAUACGAUGAAGAUAACUAAGCAGAUGAAGAUGAAGUUGGCUACUGGAAGAAGGGCAAGAAGUAGGUGGUAUGCGAUACUUUCACCAUGCCUGAUGUUAAAGACUAAAUUAAUUAAGAAGCGUUCUAAACUCUUUGUGGUGGAUACGGAUGAAAUAUUUUUGUUGAAUUUUCUUUUGGUUUGACGAGGGAGAGGUAGAAGAUGAGAAAAAUCAAGCCGAGAGAGAGAGAGAGAGAGAGAGAGAGAGAGAGAGAGAGAGAGAGCCUAAACUAAUUAUUUAUUUUCUUUUUCAUUUAAAUUAAAUACAAAAAACAUAAAAAAAAAUAUCAGAAAGGCAUUAUAGUCAUUUUAAUUUUACGAGGGACCAAAUUUACGUAAAAACAUGGCCAAAAGGACCACGAAUUCAAAAAAAUCGGGGUUUGGACUAAAACCCAAAAAAUACAUACCACGGGG